AUGUCUAUUCCCGCCGAUACCCUCCCCUCUCACGUUGUGACGGAACGACGCCGAUCCGACGACAUGCACAGCGAUUCGCAAGACUCGCAAACUUCAUUCAAAUCUAUAUUCGGUGGUCCCACACGAAGCCCGGAGACAAAGGAGAAGGAACUCAACUCCCACCAGCAUUCUUCCCACGGCUUCGGCAAUGUUACCAAAGCGCCUGCCAAGCUUGCGACUCAGAAUGUUGCACCGUUCCUCGCCAGACACAUCCCGGAACAAUAUGCCCCUCUAGGCCCUCGAUCUAUCCUGCCGGAUGAGCUCAGCAGCGUGAGCUCCAAGUACUGCUACCGUCAUCGACCUGACCUUAAGUGCCGGCGACAGGCAGACGAACCGACGAUGGAUAACCUGCAACGAGAGUUGGAAACACUCCCACAGGGCGAUCAACAAAGCAUCUCGCACGUCUGGUCCCUCUUCUCCGCCGCCCCUGCGAAGCACCGCAAGCUCUUGCUGCAAGGCAUAAUGGCCCAAUGCUGUUUUCCGCAGCUGUCAUUUAUCUCCGCAACCGUUCGCGACCUUAUCCGCAUCGACUUUGUGACCGCCCUCCCCCCGGAGAUUGCGUUUAAAAUCCUUUGCUAUCUGGAUACAACUUCGCUUUGCAAGGCUGCUCAAGUCUCGCGAGGAUGGCGAGCACUAGCCGAUGAUGACGUCGUCUGGCACAGGAUGUGCGAACAACAUAUUCAUCGCAAGUGUAAGAAAUGCGGUUGGGGUCUUCCUCUCCUGGACAGGAAACGGCUGCGCGAGUCCAAGCGCGCAAUUGAACUCCGCGCUUCAACGUGGGACAUGGAGAAAGAGGCUGUCACUCCUCAACCAGAACUUCCGGCAGAGUCGCAAGCAGAUUCCUCGAACACGGGCAAGAGGAAGCUCGAGCCAAACAACGAGGUAUCCAUUGUCAAGCGUCAUUGUUCGUCGUUCGAGUCCGACUCUGAAAAGGACGUAGAUUUCUUCAAGACCCGAUACAGGCCAUGGAAGGAGGUCUACAAGGAUCGCUUCAAGGUCGGGACGAACUGGAAGUACGGACGAUGCUCGAUCAAGACCUUCAAGGGCCACACGAACGGUGUCAUGUGCCUGCAGUUCGAAGAUAAUAUUCUUGCUACUGGCUCUUACGAUACGACGAUCAAGAUCUGGGACACCGACACCGGCGAGGAACUGCGCACACUUCGUGGGCACGAGUCUGGGAUUCGUUGUUUGCAAUUCGACGACACAAAAUUGAUCAGUGGCAGCUUGGACCGAACAAUCAAAGUGUGGAACUGGCGUACUGGAGAGUGCAUCUCCACUUACACCGGCCAUCGUGGUGGUGUUAUUGGACUGCACUUUGACGCUUCCAUUCUCGCCUCUGGCUCCGUCGAUAAGACGGUCAAGAUUUGGAACUUCGAGGACAAGUCGACUUGCCUUUUACGUGGACACACUGACUGGGUCAACGCCGUCAGGGUAGACACGCAGUCGAGGACGGUAUUCUCCGCUUCGGAUGACUGCACAGUGCGCCUUUGGGACCUGGACACGAAGACCUGUAUCCGGACUUUCCAAGGACACGUCGGCCAAGUACAACAAGUUGUGCCGCUUCCCCGGGAGUUUGAAUUCGAAGACCACGACGCUGAAUGUGAGAAUGACAAUCUCAGCACCACUUCCGGCGACACCGAACCGCAAUCGCUGCAAGCUUCGUUGGGAUUACCGUCGAACUCGACGUACAACCAAUCCUCUGCCUUUGGCCCCGGCUUUGGAAACGGCCGUGCGGCCCCACCCCGCUACAUGGUCACAAGCGCCCUUGACUCGACCAUCCGUCUGUGGGAAACAACCACCGGCCGAUGCCUGCGAACGUUCUUCGGCCACUUGGAGGGCGUUUGGGCACUGGGUGCCGACACCCUCCGCAUCGUAUCCGGUGCUGAAGACCGCAUGAUCAAGAUCUGGGAUCCGAGAACUGGCAAGUGCGAGCGCACAUUCACCGGCCACUCGGGACCAGUCACCUGCAUCGGCCUCGGCGACAGCCGCUUCGCAACUGGAAGCGAAGAUUGUGAGGUGCGGAUGUACAGCUUCCAAAGCUGA